UCUGUGUUUAGCUAAAAGUUCUACUUCGAAAAGCUUGAAUUGCUUCGGUUUUUCGCAUUAUCCUGACAGCGGAAACGACUAUUGAUUAUCUUUACAGUUUCGGUAGUGUACAGCAAACAUGUCGGAUCCUCACCGAGCGAAGGAAAUAUCGGAAGAACCGCCAAUGUCGAGGCUUUUUAUUAUCUGCGGCAAACAGAUAACGAAUGAACAGCUGAUAAAACAUUUCGAAUCGGAUGGAUUGAUUGAAGAGUGUGUUGUUAUAACGGAUCGCAAAACUGGUCAAGGAAAGGGUGUUGCUUACGUAAAGUUUUCGAAAACGUCUUCUGCUGCCCGUGGGCUGCUGAAAAAUGGUACUAUCGUUGAAGGUGAUAAACGUCCGAUUAAGGUCAUGAUAUCUGCUAGCUACAAUCGUGGUAAGCACAGUGAUACAACUGCUGACGUGAACGAAAACCAUUUUCUACGCCUAUUUGCCAUCGUGCCGAGCAGCCGUACGGAGGAGCAGCUGAAGGUAGAGUUUGGCUGUCACGGGACGGUAACACAGAUUCGUCUAGUAGCGGAUAAAAAGAAUGAUAAACAGUGUGCGGCGUACAUUAAGUUUAACACCUUCCUAGAAACGGCACUGGCAAUCGAAAACUGUAAUCCCCAGUACAAGGCAAAGUUUUGCGUGCCGCGCAAACACGAACGGGAACCGAAAGGACAGCCAACAAAAUCGGAUCCGAUCAAUAGGAAGCGUACACAUUCGCCUGAUCGCAUGCCGUCAGUCCGGAGUGACACGAAGCUAGUCGUGAUCUGUAGCAGUCAGCUGAAUCAGGAUCGGUUGUGGCGUCUGUUUGACAUAUGUCCCGGGAUGAAGUACUGCAACAUCAUUACGGCGAGUAAGUUCAUGUUCGGUACCGUCGAUUUCAUUACUUUAGCGUUUUUAUUUGUAGACGAAAUAAAUGUCACAGCUGCAGCAGUAUAUUCUAGCCGUGAAGAAGCACAACGGGCGGUGGAUAAAAUACACGGCUUAGAAUAUCCGAUCGGUGAAAGGAUAAUCGUGCAGUUUGAAGACGAGUUUAAGGAGGAAAUCAUUACCAAAGAUGCAUUAUCACACUUCGGUCCACCGAAGCCGCUCGUAUCCGAAUUGAUACCGUGCGUAAGGAAAGCUUUCUUCAUCUGCAUUCCCGAACCAGUGUCCGUGAAGCUACUCACGGAUGCAUUUUGUCGGUUCGGUGAUCUUAUUAAAGUGUACUUCGUACCGGGGAAACGGCACGGUUACGCUGAAUUUGCCAGCCUUAUUGCCGCCAACCGUGCGAUUCAGCAACUGCACGGCAUACAGCUGGGUGAAUGUCAGCUAAAGGUGCUAGAAUGUGCCGAAUACACGGGGGAAAGUAAGCGAAAUAGGACGGAACAUUAAAGCCAACCCGUGCAACGGCUAACCACAUGGGGUAAGCUAGAACGAAUGCUGACAUUCAUUAGGAUACGUUUUUGUUUGUUUGUUUUUUUGUUUUCUGUUCUUUUCAGAUGUGUGUUAUCCUUUUUAGUGGAAUAGUGUAAAAAGUGUCGAAGCGGAUGGAAAACUGCUGCCUGCAAUGAUUGGCUGGCAGACCAUCAUCACUAAUCGUUACUAUUCUUUGCAGGUAUGUAAUCAUGAUGUUUUCAAAACCAAAAAUGCAUUACAAAUUAUGGAGAACACACCCACAAUAAUGAACUUAAAACAACUAACGAAUGCAUUCGGGAUGGACACGAAAAAAACACCCCAUAACAUGCGGAAUUAGAAACGUUGAAACUGCAUUACGAUUGAAUGCUGUGUAACCUUUUACACUGAGAUUAAUUUCCCACUUCAAAUGCCAAUCAAAUUGGUACGGCCGAAAAAAAAAGUUGAGGGAAGAACAUAGAAAAAAAAGCUUUAACAUGAAUGUAUUUGCUCACGGAACGAUGCAGAUUAUGCAGCAGAAAUUGCAGGAAUUCGGAAAAUUAAUACUGACCUUGGGAAGGAAUGGAAAAACGAAUUGUUUGAAUGUUACACUAAUCAGUACUUACAUAUUUUCAUUUCUUAAAACUUAUUUAAUGGAAUAGAACACCUUUUUUGAUUUUAGCGUUGACGUUAUUAUAAAUGAUAUGACGAGUUCAAGCCGUUAUUGAAUAUAUAUAUAAAUCCAUAUAUUGCACAUUCUAUAUUACAUACACGGAUCCGUAUUCUUCUGCUGGAAUAGCGAAUCACCAAAUAAAUCUCAAUUUCCAAUUGCCAAAU